AGCAGCUAUCCAAUGAAACAGAGAACUAAGUAAAAACAUAUCAAGGAAAUAACACGCUUGACACGGCAGUUGUUUUGUUUUACGAACGUCGAACAGCGGCUGCAACUUACGUUAGUGGUUACGGAAGCAGAGAUAGCGAUGCGCCGGUCUUAAAUGAUCAUUUAGUUGACGUUAGUUACGAAAACAUUUCCAAGUGGACUCUGUCUGACAGCAGAAAGUGAGGAUGGCUCAGUGGGAGCGACUGAUGGGCCUGCCUGAUGCCUACACACAGCAGCUGCAUGAGCUCUACAACAGGGAUGCUUUGCCUAUGGAUGUGAGGCACUACCUGUCAGUCUGGAUAGAGAAGCAGGAGUGGGAACGAGCAGCACAGGACCAUGAUUUGGCCAUGGCGCUGUUCCAGGUCCUGCUGGAGAAUCUGGAUAUACAACACAGCCGCUUUGUCCAGGAGGAGUCUUUCUUGAUGAAGCACAACAUUAGACGCUAUAAACAGAACUUUCAGAUAUACCUGGAGGAUCCUUGUGGCUUGGCAAACACAAUCCUCUGGUUCUUGGGAAAAGAAAAAGAAAUCCUGAAAAGUGCUGAUCUGGUUGAGCAGGUUGAGUGCUUGCAUGUAGCGCCAGAAGCCAUGGAGAUGACCAGCCAGCAGGACCUUGAACGCAAAAUGGCUGGCCUUCGGAAUGAAGUGCAGUGCAUUGAACAUACAAUGUUUUGUCUGGAGGAGCAGCAAGACGAGUUUCAAUUUAAAGUCCAAACCUAUAAAAUGGAAGCUGUGGUAGAUGAGGCGGUGAAGAAGGAACAAAUUCAAGUUUUUCAGUUGCAUAUAAACAGACUGGAUGAAUGUAGAAAGAGCACACUGUCGAACCUAAAUAAGCUCCUCGACAGGACUGAUGAAUUGAUCGAUAUAUUGGUGAAAAAGGAGCUGGUGGAGUGGCAGCGGAGGCAGCAGAAGGCCUGCAUUGGCGCUCCAGACAAUGUUCUUCUGGACCAGCUAGAGAAGUGGUUCACCUGUGUGGCAGGGUAUCUGUUCCAGGUGCGGGAGUUUUUUGGUAAACUGGAUGAGCUGGGAGAAAAAUUGACCUAUGACAAUGACCCUGUGAAAGCCCAAAAACCCACGAUGCAGAAGAGAGCAGAUACUCUUCUGAAAGACUUACUCAAGAGUUCCUUUGUGGUGGAGACCCAGCCCUCCAUGCCUCAGGGAAAAGGACCCCUGGUGCUGCGCACAAACGUCCAGUUCUCCGUCAAGACCAGGCUUCUGGUUAAGUUCCCUGAGCUGAACCACUCUAUGAAAGUGAGUGUGUCCAUGGACAGGUGAGGUUCC